AAGAAAAAAGAAAACGAAGGCAAAAACCCUACGUUAUACGGCAGCACUGUUUCUUCUUCCAAUCCAUCUCACGUGCUCCACCCGACUUCCCUCCCCUUUUUAGCAGCUCAGUGUCGCCGCCGUCGCCGCCUCCCUGCUGGUGGUUUGCCCUGGUUUUCAACUCGCUUCAUACUGAUUUUCUUUGUCGAAUUAUACUCUAUAUCCGCCUCUCAUAGCCACAGCAGUGUCGCUUGCCUUUGAACUUUAGAGGUUCCGAACGGGGACUCUCUCUCUCUUAUUACAGACUCCCAUUGCGUUGAUACGACCAGAGUGUUAGAAAUACAGGCAUGGAAAUAAACCUUGCAGACAUUCCUUUCGACUUGGACUUCCAUCCAUCCGACCAGUUGGUUGCAGCUGGUGUGAUCGGGGGCAAUCUCCACUUGUACCGUUAUGAUGCAAAUGCUUUACCCCAAAGGCUCUUUAAAGUUCGUGCGCAUGUCGAAUCUUGCAGAGCUGUUAGAUUCAUCAAUGACGGACGUGCAAUUUUGACAGGUUCAUCAGACCAUUCCAUUCUCUCUACGGACGUGGAGACUGGUUCUGUUAUUGCUCGUCUUGAAGAUGCACAUGAUGAAGCAGUCAGUAAAUUGAUCAACAUAACCCCAGAAACCAUUGCUUCAGGAGAUGACAAUGGGCGCAUCAAGGUAUGGGAUACCAGACAACGUUCUUGCUGCAGUUCUUUCAAAGCUCAUAAAGAUUAUAUUUCAGAUAUGACCUAUUCAUCUGAUUCCAUGAAGCUUUUGGCAACAAGUGGAGAUGGGUCUCUAUCUGUAUGCAAUCUCAGAAGAAACAAGAUCCAUGCUCGAUCUGAGUUUUCAGAAGUAGAGCUGCUAUCUGUUGUUAUCAUGAAGAAUGGACGUAAAGUCAUCUGUGGAUCGCAAACUGGAACUCUAUUACUAUAUUCAUGGGGUUGCUUCCAGGACUGCAGUGAUCGCUUUGUUGAUGCCUCUCAAAAUCCUGUGAAUGCAUUGCUGAAGCUUGAUGAAGACCGGGUUAUUGCUGCAUCUGAGAGUGGACUCAUCAGUCUGGUAGGCAUAUUGCCCAAUAGAGUAAUUCAACCAAUUGCAGAACACUCCGACUACCCUGUGGAGCGGCUUGCUUUCUCCCAUGACAGGAAGUUUCUCGGCAGUAUUUCACAUGAUUACAUGGUAAAGCUGUGGGAUAUGGAUUUGUUGCAAAGUUCUGGAAACGCUUUAAAUGGUCGGGCCACGGUUGAUGCAAGAGCCAGUGACAACAUAUUUACUUUCACGGACUAGGAGAAAGAAGAUCCAAGGCAAAAAACCGAACAAAUAGUUCGAGAACAAAUUGUCAUUUUGUAUAUUGGCUUUACCCUCUUCACAUGUUAAACUCUGAAGACUUCAUUACAAAAUUUUUGCCCCCAUUCUUAUUCUCAUUUAGGAUAGUAUCAAUUUAUAUGAUCUGAAAAAGUGGACAUAAUUUGUUAUUAUGCUGCUCUUUUUUUGAUAUGGUGCCAACAAGUGAUUGUUGAUUUUCUCCUAGAAUCUGUUAAAAGAUAUGCAAGUUGUGUUUUAUUUGGAUUUGGUAUUACUAUUGUUUAGUUCAAACUUAGACAGCCGGAAGCAUUUUUUUA